AUGCAUCAAGGUAACUCAUACCUUAGCCUUAGGACUGUGGUCGCCGGCCGCCGGGGACGUGGGCGUCUGCAGCUCCCGCUCGUGCGUCGUUGCGUCGAGGGAUGGAGGGAGGGAGUCCAGGGCGGGGCUGCCGGGCGGCUGCCUGCGGGGCGCCUCGCUCGCGGCUCGGCAAUGCGCCGCCGUCCAUCACCAGUCGAGGAGAGGGAGGGGUCAAGCACAGGAGUCGGGAGAGGAGAAGAGUUCGGUCGGCAUUUUUUUUUAGUCGGGAUAUUGGUGGCGGCGCGGCUGUUGGUCACGCAGGCACGGGAGAGGAUAAGAGGCAGAGGAAAUUUCCACUUAUAUAGCUAG